AUGAGUAACACGUGCAGAGAGCUAAUCGAGAAAAAAAAAAAAAAUAGCAACUCAGCAAUUCACGAGAAAAUAAAGCUAUUCCUCGAGGAAGUUAAUUUUAUUAAUUACACACUUGACGAAUAUGCCAAGGAGAGUCAACGUAGAGAAGAAAUUUCAGACAGGGGGAAGGGACAACUAGGUGAGGUUCCAUCCCAGGGGGAGAACAUCCCCUCCAAGGAGCAGGACGAAAUUUUGAAGGACCUAAUUUUUUGGGAAUUAGGCUUGAAGGAGACCUCUCCAGCUGUGGGAGACGCCAAAAAACUGCUGCUAAUGAUUAGCGAGAAUUUUGAGAAAAUCCAGAACAAGGAUUUCGUACUAACCAUGGAGAAGGCUCUGGACAUACGAAUCGAUGACUUCCGAAGGAACGAAAUAAGUGCAGAUUAUUUUUCCAAAAGGAUAAGUCAGAUACACGCGGACACGGUGGCGCAGCAUGGGAAGGCAGCAGACACGCUCCACCACUGUCGCGGUUGCGUUAUGUCACUUUUUGUCACGUUUUGUCACAACCAACUGGCGCGUGAACUAGAAGAGAGGGAGAAGGAGAAGAACUGCACGACGAUGUGUCGGGAAAAUACAUCAAAGGAGGGUCCCGAAAAUAAUCCACAUGACGAACCUUCUAAGAUGAACUUAGCUGUGGUAUCUUCUAUGGAGCGAGACGCCGGAGAAGCUGCCACAGAAGGGGGGACACUACCCAAUGCUGCCUUCUCUCGAAAUGACAAAUCAGGGGAGUCGAAAUGUUCA